UUGUUAAACAAAUAUUUCGAAAUUUUAUAAAUACUCCGUGUUACAGUGUUUCUUUUCUUCUUGUUAUUUACACCACGUAUAUUUAUAACUUUUUUGGCCACAUGAACACGACAAAAUAACCCGUGAUCAAAACUGUUUUGUUCAAAAUUCGCGAGUUGCAAUAACGUGUUUCGUCGAUGUUGGCACUGGAGUAUUGGGCAAUUCGAUGGCAUCACACAGCGGUUUGGUUGUUAAAGUGAACAAAGGAAACUUAAAUACUUCUUAUGAACGGAAGAAAAAGAGCUUGAAGAUAGGAUGUUUUCGAAUCACUUGUUUGAUGAUCGCCAACACGUUUUUUGCUGUUGUGACAAUUCUUGGCGAAGUGGGGGAAAAGGCUUGUCUUCCAUUGUGGAUUGACUCUAAUAAUGCAGAAGUGGCAAAUUCUUCGACUUAUUUCAACAAAACUGUUCCUCAAAUUGAUGCAUAUUUUGUGUAUUCGUUUGCUUGUUUGAUGUUUGUAUUAGUGUUUGGUGCCGCGUUAUUGUUCCUUCGUCUCUUUCAACCGAACUUACUGGGUGAAACGGAGCGAAAGUUUCCUCACUCCCAAUUGUUUAUGAUUGGGUUUUUCGACUGCCUGAAUGGGGUGUUCAUCGUAUUUGCGGGCAGUGGAUUAAGAACUGCUCCGUAUCUUCAAAUGAUUCUUGGGAAUUUUAUGAUACCGAUGACGAUUGCUUUCCGUUUCUUCAUUUUGCGUAAGCUACCAACGCGAAGGCAAUUUUGCUGCGCAAUGAUUGUUUUUUUCUCCCUCCUAAUCUGCUUUAUUCCCAAGAUUGUCCCCUCGAUGGAUUCGAAUUCCGAAGACUAUGGUGGAGCAAGUGGACUUCCAGGCAUCCUUUGGCCAAUAUCCUUUCUCCUUGGCUAUAUUCCUGCAGCAAUCAUGAUCGUGAUAGAGGAACGAAGUUUAAAGUUUCGCGACGACUGUUCGAAUGAACAAGUAAACAUAGUUUUUUUUUACUUUUGGACGUCUUUCUAUGAAAUGGUUGUUGUUUUUUGUUGUUUUUGGAUGGACAUUAUUCCAGGAUACGGAUACGCAAAUGGUUUGGACGAAUUAAUUGAAAAUUGGAUUUUUGGCGUGAAAUGUUUCUUCGGUUUUGCAGGCUGUAGUAGCAGUGCUGGCACAGCAGGGAUGUUGUAUAUGGCAAUGCACAUUUUAUCCCACCUGACUGCAGGUCUCUUAAUGAGAUUCUCCGAAGGUGCCACAUUACUUGCUAUCGUGCAGGCUUUAGUCUCCCCGUUUGGAUUUAUCUUCUGGACCCUAUUUCGCGAGUCGCCAUUUGGUUAUCAACCAAAAGUCCAAACAAGCACAUGGCUCAAUACUAUUGCUAUUCUGUUGAUGGUGCCAGCGAUAUUCUUGUACAACAUUUACAGUGAUGAAGAAGACAGGUCCACAAUUGAUUGCGAAACCACACCGCUAAUCCAUGAUAACAUGCCCAGUCUUGUACAAGGUGGUUACUCUUUCAGUGUUUCUGAACACUCUUCACGCAGUCCAACGCUAUUUAGUAAUGGCACCCUCAGCACAUUCAAGCCUACAAUGUUGAUGUAAAUAAGGGUUCCACACUCAUGUAUUGCAUAGUAAUCCUUGGGCUUGAAUAAGUUUGUAAGCAUUUUAUUAUAACAAAAGCAAUAGAUCAGGGAUUAUAUACAAAGGGCUUGCUAACAUGUAAGAUAAUAUGAGUUAGGGUAACAAAGUAUUUAUAUUUGAAUAAUAAAUAUGAAAUUGUUGCAAAAAAUGCAAUAUGCAAAA